AUGUCAAUUGAUUCAAAAACAUUCUACCAACGUGUCGUCAGCGACUGGCUCUGUGUCGACGUCGUAGGUGCCAAACUAGGUGGUAAAGUACUCAGCUGCUCUGAUGAAUGGUUCGCUGCUGCAGAAAAUUUAAUUUCCCCAGGCGAACCAAUUCGUGACAAGACUAGAUUUACUUAUGCAGGUGCCUGGUAUGACGGCUGGGAAACACGCAGACACAAUGAAGAACCAUAUGAUUGGGUCAUAAUGAGACUGGGUCCCGUUGCUGCCCGCAUAGCGGGAUGUGAAGUAGAUACCGCUUUCUUCGAUGGUAACCAUGCACCGGCAAUCUCGGUGGAUGCGAUAUACAGCGAUUCAGACGAUUUGGACGAAAACGACAAAAAAUGGCAAGAAGUUAUAGGCAAGAAUGAGUGUGGUCCAUCCACAAAGCAGUUCUUUAUCAACGACAAGUUGACCUCAGAUAGAUUUACCCAUGUUAAAUUAAAGAUGUACCCAGACGGCGGUAUUGCGAGACUCCGCCUAUUUGGUAGAGUUGAACCACCAUUGAAAUUGGAAAGUACCACUGACCUGGCAUCGUCGCUAAACGGCGGUGUGGCUAUCGAUAGAUCUGAUCAACAUUUCGGAUCCGCUGAUAACUUGCUUUUACCCGGACGUGGGAAGGACAUGUCAGAUGGUUGGGAAACCAAGAGAUCAAGAGUCAAGGGCCAUACCGAUUGGGUAGUUGUACAGUUGGGCAAGCAAUCACGUAGAAUUGAUAAGAUUGUGGUCGACACAGCUCACUUUAGAGGGAAUUUCCCGCAAUUCGUUAAGGUAGAGGGAACCGGGCCCUCUGGUUCUUUGGAAUUAGUCCCAUUGACGAAGACGGGACCCGAUAAAGAACACAAGUUUGAUAUUGGGAAGGAUUAUCAAAUCGACACUGUCAAGUUAACCCUCGUUCCAGACGGAGGUGUGAAAAGAUUGAGGGUAUUUGGAUUGUAA